AUUAAUUUAGCCAUCCACUCCACUUUUCUCUCUUUCUUAUUCACACAAUUCACACCUUUUCUCUUUCAUUCAGUGGCCAGGCUUCACCCUCCCAAAGAGAAUAAAUUUCAUUUUUAUGAAAUGGAGAUGCAGAGAUCUAAACAAACGAUGCAUAGUCGUUCGCCCGACAUACUCCUCCAUGUUGAGAUGCAGACAGAUCGUUUCCCGCAGACUUGGCCGUUCGAAAUGAUGCGCUUUACCUUCGGACUUUUGGAUUUCAAGAGCCUUCUACAAAAGUUUCCCGGUGAAGCUUCACAAAAGGUUAAAAACUAUAGCUCGUUUUUAUAGUUCUAGCACAAAAGGUUUAAUGUAUGGUGGUAGUUGUAGCACGUGUAAUCUCAAAAAGAAUGGUACUGUUGUUGUACAGUAAGUCUGCAGCUUCUC